AUGGUCGGCCUCCUGAUAUUCCCACUGCUACCAGUACGAGCCUUCACUGAGAACCCAAGCUUAGCCCCAGCGCCCCCAAUUGGGUUCAACAAUUGGGCACGCUUCAAGUGCGAUCUAAACGAGACGCUCUUGACCGGAACAGCGCAAGCAAUGCUAAAGUGCGGUCUUCUCGACGUAGAAUAUGACCGCCUUACGCUGGAUGACUGCUGGAUGACUGCUGGAUACUUCACAACCGUGCUGGUUAUGGUUCCCUAG